AUGAGCACAGAGCCGAGCGGUCAGAUUGCGGAUAUGCAGGGGGAGCUUGCCCUGCCGCGCAGCAACGGCGAGUUGGUGUUCGCCGCACCGUGGGAGGGACGAGCAUUUGGGAUUGCGGUUGCGCUGAACGAGGGCGGUGCAUACGAGUGGGGCGAGUUUCAGGGCAGACUUGCCGAGGAGAUUGCGUCCGCGCCGCGAGAUGAAGACGCGUCCCUGUAUUAUGAACGCUGGCUGGCAUCGCUUGAGAGGCUACUGCUCGACCAAGGCAUGGUUACGCGCGAAGAUUUAGAUGCUCGCACCGCCGCUUAUGAAUCGGGUGAGCUGGAUGAGGGCUGA